GACGGCACGGGUAAGGCGGGGUGAGAACGGGUGCCUCUUGGAGGGGCAGCACGGAACAUUAUUGCGACCGGGUUCCGGCGGGAUGGACUCCUCAAACCAUACCUCUGUGAACAUUCAAUCGCUCGCACAAACAAUCGCCGCCUAAUCUCAAACCACACCUACCGCCAAGAUGUUGCUCUUCUGCCCCAACUGCGCCAACAUUCUCACCGUCUCCGCCUAUGCCGGCGUGCGCAACCGUCUCGAGUGCCGAACCUGCCCCUUUGAGCACGCCAUCACCGAGCCGAUCUACUCCCGCCGCGACUUUGAGCGCAAGGAGCGCGAGGACGUCUUUGGCGGACCGGGCGAGUGGGACAAUGCCGACAAGGCGCGCGCCCAGUGCCCCAAGGACGGCUGCAAUGGCGAGGAGGCCGCCUUCUUCCAGGUCCAGAUUCGUAGUGCCGAUGAGCCUAUGACUACGUUCUACAAGUGCAUGUCGUGCGGAAACAGAUGGAGAGAGAACUGAUGCUGGACGAGAGGGAGGUUUUUGAUAUUUUUCACUGGGCAUUGCGAGGCGUUGGGGACGAUGUAUGGAUUUAUUCUUGUUUAGUCUGCCAUACGCAAGUCGCUACAAGUGCGUCUCUGUGUUUUGUAAAACUGUUCAGA